UCCAGCCUGGCACCCGGGCGAUCGCCUUUGUCCCCAUGCCAGCCGUGGCCCGAGGAGGCGUUUGACGGAGGGCUGCCUGGCGGGCCGGCGAACGAACGCACGAACGCAUGCCCCGGCUGCCCGAGGCUUCUCUCGACUUGGCUGCCUCUGAAGCAAUCUGGGAAGCAGCCGCAACCCAGGAGCUAGCCGGGCCUCCGGAUAGCCAGGCGCAGGGAGGCUUCGGGCCGAGAAGCAGGUGCGCUUGCGGUCAACAAGCACUUAUUCAGCGCUUCCUGUAUGCCAGCCAUUGUGCUAAACACUGAGGAUCCAGAGAGAGGCCAAAUCCCAGUUUCUGACCCCAGGGAGCUCCCAGCCCAAUGGGGGAGACAGCAUGCAAACAACUGAUACAUACAAGACAUAUGCAAGGCUCUAGCACAAUGGAGGCUGAACGUACAAAGUCUGAGGUUAUUGUGGCUGUUGUGACAGAGCCUCAGUUUACACAGCAUUGCAGGGAAUAUCUUGAGGAGCACCAACUCCUGGAUAGGCGUCACCGUGUAAAGCAGCUGCCUGAUGGCACCAUGGCGCUACCUGUUCUGGGAGAGACUGUCAGUGAGCAGCAUCUAGAAGCAUUGAAGCAGCGAGGGGCCCCUGAGAGCACCUGCAGGCUGGCACAGAUCCUGAAUCCUGUUCCCUCCAAGAAAGCUCAGAGCUGUUCUCCUGCCCAGAAGCUAUGUCAGGAGCUACGGUGUCUGGUGGAAGGCCAGGGGCACACCUGGUCAGCUGAGCUAGAGAAGGAUCUUCCCCACUCCUGGCAACGUCACAGUGACCUCCUCCUCCUCAAUGAGGAUAGCUUCAAAGCUGCCUAUUGGAAAAAACUGGAACCAGGUCUCUGGAAAACUGUUGCCUCUGCCCUGGGAGGCCAGCGUUUGGCAAAGCGAGGGCGUGUGUCACCAGGUGGGACUCGAACUCCCAAAGUAAUCCUGCUGCUGGGUGCCCAUGGUUGGGUGGAGCAUGUGGAUAAUGGCAUCAGGUACACGUUUGAUGUGACCCAAAGCAUGUUCUCCUUUGGAAACAUCACUGAGAAGCUGCGGGUAGCAUCAAUGGCCUGUGCUGGAGAAGUGCUGGCGGAUCUCUAUGCAGGGAUUGGUUACUUCACCUUGCCAUUCCUGAUUCAUGCAAAUGCUGCCUUUGUCCAUGCCUGUGAGUGGGAUCCUCAUGCUGCAGCAGCCUUGAGAAAGAACCUGGAGCUCAAUGGUGUUGUGGAUCGGUGCUGUAUCCACCUGGGCGAUAACAGGAAGCUGAAGUUAUGGAGCAUUGCUGACAGGGUGAACUUGGGGCUCAUUCCCAGCUCUGAGGAGGGCUGGCCCACUGCCUGCCGGGUGUUGCGUCAGGACACAGGGGGCAUCCUGCAUAUCCACCACAAUGUGGAGUCUUUCCCAGGGAAGGAGCUUCAGCUCUCCAGCAGCAGUGAGGCGGGGCAGAAGGAGCAGAGAGCUGCCAGAAGCUCGGGAAGGCAGACAGUGGCAAAGAUUGCCAAGCUGGAAUGGCAGAGGUGGGCUGAGGCUGUGGCCGCUCGCAUUGGAGCCUUGCUUCUGCAGCUGCAUGGGAAGCCAUGGGAGACCCAAAUUCUGCAUGUUCAGCCAGUGAAAUCUUAUGCUCCGCAUGUGGAUCAUGUAGUCUUGGAUCUGGACUGUCGCCCCCUCUCCUGCCCUGGAGAGGGCAUUGGUAAAGCUGAGAGGACCUGUGGCCAGGGGCCCAAGGUCUAA